AUAGCAUAAAUCAAUCCGGCCUCCAUGUGUGGACUUCUUAUUACCUCCCAAACCAAACCCUCUCUUGACCACCUUUCCAACCUCUCUAGCUAUAUAUCCACAUGAAAUAACCCAAACAAACAAACAAACCAAUGGCAUGCUUCACCGCAACCACGACACCGCUCCUCUUCUGUGUGAGAAGGGGAAAAGCCCAGCUCAUCGUGCCCGAAACCGCGACCCCGCGCGAGCUGAAGCCCCUCUCAGACAUCGACGACCAGGGCAGCCUCCGGGUUCAGGUCCCGGUCUUGAUGCUCUACAAGAGGAGCGAGCGAAUGCGGGGGGAGGAUCCCGGGGAGGUGGUCAAGAAAGGGGUGGCCAAGGCGCUCGUCCUCUACUACCCGUUGGCCGGGCGGGUUCUGGAAGGGCAGAACAAGAAGCUCAUGGUGAACUGUAACGGGAAAGGGGUUUGGUUUGUCCCUGCGAGAGCUAAUGUGGAGCUUGAGAAGAUGGGGUUUGAGAGCAUGCGUCUGCCAUGCCCACACCUUGACAAGCUCCUCAUGAAUGUGCCUGGCUCUAAAGGAGUCUAUGAUUGCCCUAUUGUUCAUAUUCAGGUAACUCGUUUCGCUUGUGGUGGUUUUGCACUAGCCAUUCGCUUCAACCACACUAUGAUGGACGUCCAAGGGUUCAUACAGUUCCUAAAUGCGGUCAGCGAGUUGGGGCAGUCUGCUACCGAACCAUCCGUAGCGCCAAUUUGGCAGAGAGAGCUCUUGAAUGCGAGGCCAUCCCCGGACAUAACAUCCCGGCACAGGGAGUUUGAGGAGUCCCACGAAUCGAAAGGCAAGAGGUGUUGGCGUGUGGGAGUAUUCCACGGCAAUUUCGUAGUAGACGUCGAGAGGUUUCUGAAACACCUCGGUUGGCUCUUUGGGAACAAAAGGAUUUUCCAAACGCUAAUGUUGAAACGCUCAUUCACAUUUGGUUCAAGAGAGUUACAGGCUCUCAAGGCCAAAUGCCCUUCGAGCACGACAUUCGAGGCACUAUUUGCGUGCCUGUGGAAAUGUCGUACCGUUGCCCUCCAUCCAAACCCUAAAUCUAGGGUCCACUUGACGUUUCUUGUCAAUGUUCGAGGGGAUAGCGUUUUACGAGGCAGUAACACGCUACCCCUCGGGUACUAUGGGAAUGCGAUGGUGCCUAUUGCAGCCACCACCACGGCAGAUAUGUUGUGCUCGAAUCCAAUUUCGUACGCAGCCGAGUUGAUCAGGGAGGCUAAGCGCGCAGUCAACGAUGACUACGUCAGGUCUUUGGCAGAUCUUAUGGUUCUUAAGGGCCGGCCCAAGCGGCCAGUCCUUAACAACUUUUUUGUCAUGGACACAACUAAAUUUGGGCUUGAUGAAGUGGAUUUGGGUUGGGGUAGGCCCAUGUUUGGUGGGGUUGUUUCGGCUCUCUAUGGGGUUGGGUACUUGGUGCCAUAUAAAAGGGUGGAAGACAAAAAGGGUGUGGCGGUGGCCGUAGCUUUACCUCCUAUAACCAUGGGAAAAUUCCAAAAAGAGAUUAGAAAGGCUGCAACCGAAUUCAUGGUUGAAGGAGACGGGUCGGAUUCGGCCCAUCACCUGACGGUUCCGUCCGGGUUGACUCCGGACGAGUUCGAGGAGCUGAAGCAAUGGGUAGUUGAAUUCCACACCUACCGGGUCAACUCGGGCCAAUGCUCCUCCCUGCUGGCGCAGAAGAUCCACGCGCCGCCCGACGCCGUGUGGUCCGUCGUCCGCCGAUUCGACAUGCCGCAGACGUACAAGCACUUCAUCAGGAGCUGCACCGUCGGCGGCGGAUUCCGCAACGCGGUCGGCGACACGCGCCACGUCAACGUCAUCUCCGGCCUCCCGGCGGCCACCAGCGCCGAGCGGCUCGACCUCCUCGACGACGAGCACCGCGUCACCGGAUUCAGCAUCAUCGGCGGGGAGCACCGCCUGAGGAACUACCGCUCCGUCACCUCCGUCCACGGGCUCCGCCCGGAGGGCACCGUCGUGCUGGAGUCGUACGUGGUGGACAUGCCGGAGGGGAACACGGAGGAGGACACCAAGCUUUUCGCCGACACCGUCGUGAGGCUCAACCUCCAGAAGCUCGCUUCCGUCACCGAAGGCGAAGGGUAGAUUGGUAAUUUGGAUGGUCAAAGGGCAAAAGUGACCAAAAAAAUCGUUCAUGUGUCAUGACGUGGACCACAAUUUGUUAUCGGCAAGUCAAUAAUAUUUGAAUGAUUGAUUAUGCUAUGAGAUAAAUUAAACAACCUUUCCUCAU